AUGUUCAGCCGGAGUUGCGGGGCAAUGAGGUACCGCGGCCGGCUCAGAGCAGAAGAAGGAAAGGGGGUGGUAUUUAUUGUUCUGUCAAUCCAAGAUGAAUUGGAAUAUUGGAAAACGGUUGCACAGAAAAGGGAUGCCAGUAAAAAAGAAAAAGAGGCUGCAUCUAAUUUUUGUGAACUUUUUGAAGAUAUCAUUGAAGAAAUACGCACAAUAAAUUCAAGCCCCAUGGAAGAGAUUAGGGAAUCAGCAGAAAAUAUAGGUGGAAUCCUGGAUGAUAUAUGGCGUAUCACAACCUCUCCAUAUUCCCAAGAUAGGAUGGUACACAUCUUUGAUGUUAUUGGUCACGAAUUAUGUUCAAUAAUACAAAAGUCGGUGUGUAUAAACGAUCUUUGGAAAGUGCACAAUGGCAGCAAGGAUAGCGAGUUACUGAACCUUUUGUCAGAUAGUUUUAAAGUAGUGCAAACUUGGAACAGCGCUUGCGAUUCGUUAACUGAGACUUACUGGCCUAACUAUGCACUACAUGCGUGGAACGGAAAACCUUACGUCCCACCGUUCUGUUUGAAUUUCCAAACUAGGAUCAAGGAGAUUCAUGACAUUAGAUCUACUCAUAGUCAGCUAAAUAAACUACUGACAAGCAGUGAGCGAUCAGAAUUGCAGACCCAUCAAUUAUUUACACCAUUCGAAAACGUAAACAUUUGGAUGUGUAACGGUCCAAACCCUGGAUGGGAAACAGCGGUUAGCAAAUUUUCAACCAGCUUACGACCUGCUGAAACUAAAGUCGCUGAAAAAUUGAAACCAAGAUUACAUAAUAUGUCUACUAAACAGAUGCUAUACGAAUUCAUGAGAUACAGUGCGCUAAUAGAACGCCCUCUGGUGAAGCACGCACUCAACAACGAAUUGGAAAUAUUCGUGUCUUCACUAAUCUCUAUGUUAAAGAGUAUACAAACACAGCUAGACGCCGAGGAGGUGGAUGUUAAGAUGUUCCAGCCACCAGAAAUGUCCACUGUAGUGCUGCAAAUACAAUGGGCGAAACUGACUGAAGCUAAGGUGAAAGAAAUACAAAUAUGCGCAGAAAAAUAUUUAAAAGAGUUCGAAGGCAGUUCUGAGUUGCAUAGUCUCGCUACAAAGUUGCUGAAAGAUCUGAAAAAUAUGUACACUCAGCUGCAUGAAGAAUGGUGUCGUGAUCUUCAGGCUCAAGCUAAGAACGGAUCUCUUCAAAUAUCUACGGAUAAGCCCGUAGUGGAGUUCAGUGGUAGUAGCAGGUUGAUGGUAGUAAACUUCAACCCAGGUCUAGUCCGAAUGGAGUUAGAGGCACGAGCUCUAGCUGCCAUGCGUCUGCCACCUCCACCUGCCGCGGCAGCACUGGACUCUCUAAGUACUGCGCUGGCGCAUGCACGACCGUUACAGCAGGUUGCAUCAUUCCACAAUACGUUAGGUGAACGAAUGAUCCCGUCCACCCGUCCGAUGAUGUUGCAAGCUGCGUUAGAUUUGUCCAACUUAGUACAAGACCAGAAAGCAGUGUACUGGGAUGACGUCGAACAACUCUCCAAUUAUACAGACAAACUCAAGAAAAUUGUUUUGAAGUUAGAAACGCAGAACACUUAUCUAACUGGGCAGCAUGUAGCAAUCAGGAACAUCGUGCAGAAGCUCAUUGACACAGAAUUGUUAGCCAAGCAAUCUGAGUGGAAGAAAGGUGUAAAGGAUAUGAGAGAUAUAAUAGAAACUGUGGAAUCAAACGGCUAUAAGAACACUGAACUAUGGAGGUCUCAUUGGGACUGGCAACUUUAUAAGGCUCUUGAACUUCAGUAUAUUAAGACUCUACUUUCUUUACAUAAGCAUUUCCCACAUGUCAAAGUUGACUUGGUAUUGCGUGGCUACGCAGUGCGCGUGCAGCCUUCAAUGGAGGAGUUGCGCGUACAACACUACCACCAGCUGCGCCGCCUGGUGGCCAUGCCGGCGCACUUUGUGGGAGUACAAACCAACAUCACUGACAAACAGACCAUCUUCGCAGCUAUUGUAGAAAAGCACAGUUGGCUAGGCAACAAAGCAGUAAGACAGUUGGAAUCAGCAUUGUCCUCUCUCGAAGCGACUUGUGCAUCUUGGACGCGUCGUGCGGCCCUAGCCUGUGUGCCUGACCUAGACGCGCUGUGCCAGCAACACCUGACUGAACCACAGCACUGGGAGAACAACUUCAAAGCCUGCAAAGCAUACGGCCAAGCUGUCGCCAAGAUGACAUUUGAGGACGAAAAAAUUGAAUGGAUAACAGUCGGUACAACAACUCUUCGACGUGAAUUCGAGGCUCAAGCGCGAAGUCUCUGGGCUUGUCUCAUGUCGUCACUAGUAGCCAGUUGUAGGUCAGAUGCAGCUAAAGUCGAUGCUUUCGUGGCAUCAGCUGCAGUUAUGUUGGAGCACCAAGCUUUGCCUAAGAAUGCUAAGGAACUUGCAGAAAUGAGCGCUACCCAACAAGCUUUGCAGCAACAAAUGCCUGAGAUGGAAAGUACGAUAGAAGCGCUGAAACGUAAAAGUCACAUGCUACGCACUUGGGGAGGGGAUACAUCAGUGGAUGGAACUAUGAAGGAAUGGCGGAAGAUACACGAAUUGCUGCUCAGUCAACAAAAAAUGUUUGAACACCAGGCUGAGAUAGUGAAAUCAAGUUUAAGCGGUGAUUGGGACAAUUUGAAUUCAAGUGUGGAAGCUUGGACGUCUCGAUGGAGUCAGGCGAAACCACGCCUGGACGAUACACAUGGCGCAGACUAUGUGGAAAUGCUCGAUAGAUGUCGCUCUGUGUUCGAAGCGCACGCGAAUUUGAAUAAGUUUGUCACAGAGAGGGACGAACUCAUAAAAGAGUGUGAGAAAUUCCAAAUGAAAGUAGAGCUCAGUGACACUUGGAAUCAAGCUGAGAAGCUUAUGGCUGAAUAUGUUACCUUAUGGACUCCACUAAAGGAAUACAAUGAAGAGUUUGAGUCGAUCGCAGACCAAGAAUGGAUAGUGUUUCAGAAAAAGAUCCAUUUGAUAGAAGAGUUUUCAUUAAAAUGGAAAAGUCGUUUAGAACCAUUCACUAUAGUCACUUUGUUCAUACAACAGGAGUUGGAAAAAUAUUCGGAUUUGGCCCCUCUACUGAAGUAUUUGCGAGGUACUGAUUUCACGGAUCGUCAUUGGCAUGAGGUGUACAGUCUACUAGAAAUGGAGUUUAAGAAACCAGACACGUUACAAGUUAGGGAUCUUUUGGGAGCUGCGAUGAAUAUAAAGAAACAUAUCAAAUACUUGCAGAAAAUCUGCAGUGCGGCAUCAAGUGAGUCUGCAAUCAGGAAUGCUUUAAAUGAGCUUGAGAUUUGGUUCGCGGGCGCUCGUUUCAGUAUCACGUACUACAACGAUAAGGCGAAGCGCCCCACACCUAUAGUGAAGGACUUCAAGGAAAUACUUAGUAAGAUUGAAGAACAACAAUGGGUGGUGUCUUCUCUAUCGGGUGGUGCGAGUGGAUCCGACGCUUGCAGCACGUGGGAGGCGCGGCUUAGGGCUGCGCGGGCGCUGCUACGUGCCACACAUCACGCGCAACGCAGCGGGGUGGGCGGGGGGCGGAGGCAGCGCGAGAGUGUCUCGGCCCAAAGCAGCCACCAGUGCAGUGAGCGGCGCGCGGAGAGCCCGGACCGCGCAAUGGCUCUGCGCGCUUUGUUUAUCUUUUCGGCGCUUAUCGCCGGCGGCGCCGCGGUGUACAGCAGGGAGCGCGACCGCCUCCGCGCUGACCCCCGCCUUUACGACCGUUCAUGUGAAUUAAGUUCCUGCUAUCCAGCCACAGGCAACCUGCUCAUUGGCCGUGAAUCGAGGCUCUUUGCAUCCUCCACGUGCGGAGGCAUGGGUCGUGAACGUUACUGCAUCGUAUCGCAUUUAGAACCGAAGAAAUGUUUUUGGUGCGACUCUACCAACAGUACUAUUCACAACCCUUAUCUUAACCACCGAAUUCAAAACAUCAUCUAUAAAUACUACCCGGGCACACGAACAAAAUCCUGGUGGCAAUCUGAAAAUGGGAAAGAAAAUGUGACGAUACAACUUAACAUGGAAGCAGAAUUUCAUCUUACGCAUUUGAUUAUACAGUUCAAAACUUUUCGGCCCGCUGCAAUGUUAGUGGAAAGAUCUUUUGACUUCGGGAAGACAUGGCGAGUCUAUCGUUACUUUGCCCACAACUGCGACGAAUACUUCCCAGGCGUACCCAAGCACACACAGCGAUCUUUGACGGAAGUGGUUUGUGAAUCUCGUUACUCUGGUGUAUCUCCAUCUACAGAAGGUGAAGUGAUAUUUAGAGUGUUACCGCCUAACAUUAAUGUGACCAAUCCAUACUCAGAAGAAGUGCAAAACCUGUUGCGUAUGACCAAUCUUAGAAUAAACUUUACUAAAUUGCAUACACUUGGAGAUGACAAACUGGACAACAGAGCAGAAAUUCAAGAGAAGUAUUACUAUUCAAUUUACGAAAUGACAGUUAGAGGUUCGUGUUCCUGUUACGGUCACGCAUCCCGUUGUUUACCUAUGCCCGGAGUGGAGUCAAAGAACAAUAUGGUACACGGACGCUGUGAAUGUACUCAUAAUACGCGAGGACUUAACUGUGAAUACUGUGAGGACUUUUAUAAUGAUUUACCGUGGCAACCGGCGGUUGGUAAAACUUCUAAUGCUUGCAAAAGGUGUACUUGUAACAAUCAUGCAACAACUUGUCAUUUCGAUCCGGCUGUGUAUAACAAAACUGGUAAAAUAAGUGGAGGCGUGUGUGAUAACUGUCAACAUAACACAAUGGGUGUGAAUUGUGAACGGUGUAAACCUAAGUUUUAUAAGGAUCCUAACUUAGAUAUUCAGAGCCCAGACAUAUGUAAAGCAUGUGAUUGUGACCCAGAGGGUACUACAGAUAAAGAAAUUCUUUGUGAUGAUGAAACAGAUACCGCUAACAACAAAACUGCGGGUCGUUGCCUUUGCAAGACCAACGUUGACGGACCCAGAUGUGAUAGAUGUCGCGAUGGAUUUUGGAACUUCGAUCCACUUAAUCCUGAUGGCUGUGAAUCUUGUACUUGUAACAACUUAGGUACAAUAAAUGAAAGAGGCUGCGACGCAUCAACAGGAAACUGUUUCUGUAAACGUCAUGUAACUGGAAGAAAUUGUGAUCAGUGUUUACCAGAAUUUUACGGUUUGUCAAAUAGUGAUGAUGGUUGUCAACCUUGUGACUGCGACUAUGGUGGUUCGUUAGACCGGGACUGUGAUGUGAUAACAGGACAAUGUAAAUGUCGACCACAUGUUUCGGGCCGUCGUUGUGAUCAACCUAUACAAAACUUCUUUAUCGGAGCUCUUGACUCUAUUGUUAUUGAAGGAGAAUCGAGUCAAUGCGAUUCUCAAAUCGAUGAUAACGCUAUUGCUAUUCAGAAUCAGUUAUGUCAUGUUGUAAUAAGAGAAAAUUAUCCAGACGAUAGGAAAGAAACCUGGACUGGCCCUGGUUUCAUGAAACUGCCUGAAAGUAGUACACUUGUAUUUGUUAUAAAUAAUAUUCAAAAGAGUAUGAAUUAUAAUGUUUUAAUUAGGUACGAGCCACAAUCACCAAUAAACUGGGAAGAGGCAACGAUAUUAGUGAAAAGACCAUUACCUAUCGAUGCAGACUCUCCGUGCGCUAAUGUAACACCUGAAGAUGACACUAUAAAUACUUAUUUGCCAUCCAAUCAACGCAGCGUGUUGGUAACACCAGCAGUGUGUUUGGAGAAAGGCAAGGAAACUGAAAUUCGAAUAUAUUUAGGACGUCAAGAUAGCCGCUUGCCUAAUUCAAGAGCUUCAAUAUUAAUUGAUUCUAUUGUCCUUAUACCUUCUUUUGAUGACCUUCCGUUUUUGGCACGUAACAGCUCAAUGAGAGAAGAGUUUGAACGGUUUAACUGUGGGGAUCCGUAUUACUACGACCUCAAUAGAGAAAAUGUUCCUGAAAUAUGUAAAAAGUAUCAUGCGAGCAUUGGAUUCUAUAUAAGAAACGGAUCUCAAUCUUGUCAGUGUGACCCUACAGGAUCUAAGAGUCACCAGUGCGACCAAUAUACUGGUUAUUGUCAAUGUGUAGAAAAUAUUGUUGGUGCAAGAUGUGAUCGCUGCGCUCCUGGAACGUACGGUUUUAGUAAGUUCGGAUGUAAACGGUGUGACUGUAACAGUAUAGGUUCUCUUGAUAACUUUUGUGAUGCAACAAGUGGACAAUGUAAAUGUAGAGCCAAUACUUAUGGGCGAGCAUGUGAUUUGUGCCAGCCAGGAUAUUUCAACUUCCCUAACUGUCAGCAAUGUGACUGCAAUGGACACGCUGUUGAAUGUGAUGAUAAAACUGGAGCUUGCAAAGAAUGCAAAGACUACACAGAAGGACAUCGUUGUGAAAGAUGUAUUGAAGGAUAUUACGGUGAUCCUCGGCUAGGUAUCGACAUACCUUGUAGACCAUGUCCAUGCCCUGGGACAAUAGGGGAUCCAAACAAGAGCAGUCAUGCAGAUCGUUGUGAAUUAGAUCCCGAGUCGAAAGAUGUUGUAUGUGAAUGUAAAGAAGGCUAUGCCGGACCGCUGUGCGACGUGUGUGCAGAUAAUUACUAUGGAGAUCCAAUUAAAGGCACCUGUGAACAGUGUGAAUGUAACGAAAACACUGAUGUCACUAAACCCGGAAAUUGUGACCCAUACACCGGUAAAUGUCUACAAUGUCUACAUAAUACUGCUGGUGAUCAUUGUGAAAAAUGUGCCGAAGGGUAUUACGGUAAUGCACUAGAAAAGACAUGUUACCCAUGUAACUGCUCUGAAUUGGGUACAAACUUCACAAUAGGAAAUUGUGAUGGUGUCACCGGCCAGUGUCCUUGCUUCAAGAAUGUCAUGGGUAUCAAUUGCGAUCAAUGUACAGAAAACCAUUGGAGAAUAGCUUUAGGAACAGGUUGUGAUCCAUGCGAUUGUGAUCCCAUAGGGUCAUUAUCUCCACAGUGUAAUCCUUACAUAGGAAAAUGUGAAUGUAAACCAGGCCACGGAGGUAGACAAUGUGAUCAAUGUCAAGAAAAUCAUUGGGGAGUCCCGAGUAUCGAAUGUUAUGAAUGCGAUUGUGACUUAUAUGGUUCUGUGUCUCGCCAGUGUAUGCGGACAAAUGGAUCAUGCAUUUGUAAACCAGGAAUCGGAGGAUAUAAAUGCGAUAUGUGCGCUAGAGGAUACUUAGGUGAAGCUCCAAGAUGUUAUGCCUGCGGUGAAUGUUUCGAUAACUGGGAUCGAUUAAUAAAUGACUUACGUAUUCAAACAGAGUACGCUAUCGGCAAUGCCAGUAAAAUCAAAGUAGUUGGUGCUACUGGCGCUUACACUAGAGAUUUUGAUGAAAUGACCAAAAAGCUGUCUGAAGUAGAAAAUAUGUUGGAGAGUGCAAAACAAGGUCAAACUACAGUUAAAGAUUUAUUGUCUAAUGUAACUAGUCUACAAAACUUAUUAGCAGAAGCUGAUGAAAAAGUCAAAAACAGCAACGAAAAUCUGAAUGCACUUACAUCCAAAAUCAAUCUUGGUAAUGUAACAUUGGAAGGCUUACGAACUAGUAUAGAAACUUUGAAGGGAAAAACAACCGACCUAGGUAAUAACGCAACAAAAUUACAAGAAGCUAACUUAGAAGGCGCUCUUAACUUGACUCGGGAAGCUAAGCAACGAGCUGUUAAAGCUGCUGAUGAUGCAGAUGAUGUGCAGACAAUAAUAGCAAACACUGAUCGACAAAUUAAAAAUACUGAUAGACUUAUUGAAAUGCAAUAUACAAACUUCAAUAACACUCAAAACGAUAAUGAUAAAAAACUUAAUGAAAUUCGAGACCAAUUGUCACAGCUGGAGUCUCAAAUGCCAAAAUUAAAUGAAAAAAUGUGUGGCCAGGAAAGCGAUAGCUGUGAUAUUUGUGGAGGGGCUGGAUGUGGCAAAUGUGGUGGUAUAUCCUGUGAUCAAGGAGCUGUUACUAAAGCAGAGCAAGCUUUAGAUUUCGCAAAUAAGACCGAAUUUCGUAUAAAAGAACACGAACUCACCGCUGAAGAUCUUUUCAAAUUAAUUUCUCAAGUGAAACAAGAUACCGUUGACGUUAGAUCAAGAGCAAAGGAUUUGCACAGCAGAGCAUUUGAGUUUAAGACAUCGGCUGAAAGAGUUACAAAUGAAAGCCAGGACUUAACGGCUGAAUUAAAAGAAUUCUUGUCCAAUACCUCGAAUACUCCUGCAGAUGUCAGAACUCUAGCAAAUGACAUACUCAACUUAUCCAUCAGUAUAGAACCAAAAGAAAUAACAGAACUGUCUCAGCGUAUCAAUUCUUCAGUAUCACAGUUAACUGAUAUCGAGAAUAUUAUUGCAGAAACUAAACCAGACUUAGAGCGAGCUAAGGCUUUGAAAUUAAAUGCUACCACAGUAAACAAGUCAGCUAAUUUGACACUAGAAAUGGCAAAUAAAGUUUUGGAUGCCCUAGAUGAAGCACAAGCAGCCCAAGACGCCGCAGAAAAUGCUAUUAAUAAAGCUAAUAGUGACAUUGAAGGAGUCAAAAAUGAUUUAGUUCCUAUAGCUACGGAAACAGAACAAGCUCAAAAACAAGCUAACCAGACUAAAGAUGAAGUGGAAGGGUUACGCUUGCGACUAUCUGACUUACAAAAAGACAUAUUGAAAAUAGAGAGUGACGCCGAACAAGUGAAGCAAGAGGCUAAUGACGUCGUAAGUCGUGCAGAAGGUGCUGAGCAAUCAGCUCGAUUAUUGAGGCAAGAUUUCAAACGCACUAAUAUGUCACUUGCUGAACGCGCAAGUCAAACCUCAAACUCAAGAGAAAGGGCACAAAUGCUACUGAAACGUGCCACUAAGCUGGCUAGUGACACUCAAACACAACUUAAACUUCUUGCUAACAUGGAAGUUUUAUACAACGAUCACAAUGAGCAGUUAAAUACAUUAGAAAAGGAAAUCGGCGAACUCAAUACACAAAUGAACUACUACCUGUCUGAAAUCACAAAACGAUCGGAUUACUACAGGUGGCUGUACUUAGAACCGAUACUAUCCAAUGAUGAUGGGGAAUUAGGAGUAAAGUUCCGGAAAGUAGAUCAAGGAUUUCGACAAGUGACCAGAAUAUUAGAGUCGGAUCCUAGGCUGUCGGCUCUAUUGCAGUCUUCGCGACUUCAACCUAUGCUGGACUCUAUUUCUGAACAAUUGUUAGCUUGUCAAUCAGCCCUAAAUCUUUAUAUUGAUGAAAAACGAUCAGUAUUCCCAAGACUAUACUUCCUGAGUGACGAUGAUUUAUUGGAACUUCUCGGCCAAGCUCGUGCUGGCGCUGAAGGCAGGGAAACUGUUAUGCAAACGCAUCUCAAGAAAUUGUUCCCGGGAAUCACAGGAGUGCGAUUGGGACCCGGAGAUAUGUCAAUUACCGCUUUAUGUAGCCAUUACGGAGAAACAUUCCAAUUGGACCACCCUGUUGAUAUCGAUUGCCCAGUGGAGGUAUGGUUGAAGAACUUAGAAGCAGAAAUGCGUGCCUCUCUAAAGAACAUGACUCUAAAGUGCGUAGUCACAAACUCUCUCCAGGAACAAGACCCAUUUUCACUGCCAACACAAGUACUAUGCCUUGCGCAAAACAUACGAUUCACUGAGCAAGCAGAAAAAGCUAUAACUUCUAAGGAAUUGCACAAAUUGAAGGCCAAUAUUGAAAAGGAGAACUCGUACUAUGCUUCAGCCGAAAUUGAGGACGAGAGUGAGCGACGCAAAAGGCAGGCCCUCAUAUUACAAUGUGCUCAUUAUUUGUCUGUCAUCAGAAUUUUGAUAGACAAUAAUAUCGUGUCAACUGGCGACUGGCUUUGGCAAAAACAGUUGAGAUUCUAUUUGCUGAGUACAAAGGAGGUUGUAGCUAAAAUGGGCCUAGCUCAGAUAUCAUAUUCAUACGAAUACCUAGGAGUGAACACAGGACAAUUUGUGCGCACGGAACUAGCUGACGACUGUUUCUUUAUAUUGACACAGUCUCUCCAUUUGGGGUUAGUGGGUAACCCAUUCGGUCCAGCCGGCACUGGAAAAACAGAAUCUGUGAAAGCCCUGGGUGGUCUUGUAGGACGCUUGGUGCUAAUCUUUAACUGCGAUGAGGCAAUGGAUGUAGAGUGUAUGGGUCGUUUACUUAGUGGACUCGCCCUGUGUGGCGCGUGGGGAUGUUUCGACGAGUUCAAUCGCUUGACAGCUCACACACUGGCCGGCGUGUCACACCAGCUGUCCUCGCUACUGGCCGCCAUCACUGAGCGGUCAUCUGGCUCACAACCUACAGCGCUACUCAACGGGAAACAGGUGACUGUAUCGGAGUGGUGUGGAGUAGCGGCAACAAUGAACCCGGCGGGUCGUGGGUACGGAGGUCGGAGGACAUUACCCUCCGCCUUGCAACGAGUGUUGCGCCCCGUGGCUAUGCUGCAACCGCGCCCUGAUGUACUCGCUGCCCAUCUACUGGCUGCAGCCUGCGUUCCUGAUGCUGACCUACUGGCUCGAGAUCUGCAUAAUGUGUUUACUCUUGCAAGUUACUUACUAAGCGAGCAGCGUCACUACGACUGGGGGCUGCGUGCCCUAAAGGCAGCCGUGGGGAGCUGCGCCGGCAUGCUGCAGAGCGGGCCGCGCGCCGCCGGGGCCGCCACUGUCGCCCGUCGCGCCGCCGCUCGCCGCGUACUUACGCUCAACAACCUCUCCAAGCUCACUCGAUACGAUGCUCAAAGAUUCGAAAACAUACUAUCAUUGGUUUUCGCCGAUGUACCAACUGAAGAAUCCAGUUCUGAUCCCAUAAACUCAGCUCUUGAGACUAGCGUUAAUAACCUCAAGCUUGUGCAUAAUAAACACCAGAUACAAAAGUGCGUGGAACUUUACGAACAAAUGCAACAGAGAAUGGGUGUCGUAAUCGUUGGACCUCCGGGGUCCGGUAAAACUACUAUUAGACAAUUAUUGAAAUCGGCCCUAGCGCUCCAAGGUAAGAAUGUGGUGGAAUACAUAAUCUGCCCGAAGGCGAUGAGUCGCGAGUGGUUGCUGGGACAUAUAGAGCACGACACGCGGCAGUGGACUGACGGGGUUAUAUCCUACACGGCACUUGAAAUAUCUAACCAACCAUCUGAUGUAUGGUCCUGGGUAGUAUGUGAUGGUGACAUCGACCCAGAAUGGAUUGAAGCCCUAAACUCUGUGCUAGAUGACAACAGACUGCUAACAUUGCCUUCAGGCUGGAGAAUACAAUUCGGUUCUAACGUGAAUUUCCUCUUCGAAACACACAGCCUCGAACAUGCUUCGCCGGCUACUGUGUCGAGAAUGGGUAUUAUAUUGUUAAGCGAUGAUGAAAGCUGUGAUCUAGAUGUACUGGAAGCGUGGAUGCAUAAAGCCGAUUUCGAUAAUGAAAGCGUGAAAAUGGCAUUGCCGCUGUUGCAGCAAGUUAUAAAGAGAUGCAUUCAAUGGCUUACUGAUCAUAAGGGUGAUUUGGCUCUCAAACUACAUAACAUUACUGUGGUUAAACAAAUAUUAACACAGUUCGAGUAUUUAGCCCAAGACUCAGGGUUCAACGCAACACGCAUGGGACCUGAAGAAAUGGUCUACCUUGCCAUACAGCGAAGUGUGGUCGACGUUAUCAAAGAAAAUGCUAUCGAUAGCUUCCAUGAUGAGCUGUCUUCACUAAUGGGUCCCCCAAUAGUGGCCCCGCUAGGUGUGAAUGAGUGGGUGACAGACACACUGUUCCUGUCGCGGCGCCUCCAAGGCUGCGAGCCCACACUACGUGCCUGUGUGACGUCACACCACGCACAUCUACUCAUUGUAGGGCCCGAUGCUUCUGCGAAGAAUCUUUUAGCGGAAUUCAUAGUGAAGGAAUGCAAUUCGGCGAUACUAACUAUUGACUGCACACCGAUUUUAGAACCAGCUGACAUCAUUGCAGAGUUAAAAAGAAACAACAUGGUCCGAGCAGGCGGGCGCGGCGCGGGAGCAGGUUCGCGCAGUACGCUCGUAGUGCGCGCCCUGCAUCGCGCGCGUACUGACGCCUGGAACUCAAGCCCCGUGCAUUCUUUCUUACUACAGUUAAUACAACACAAUGGGUUCUGGACGCGAGGCAGUGACGAGGAAGGCGGUAGUGGCACGCAGUGGUGCCAGGUGUCGCGUCUGCGAGUACUGGCCACUGCCACUACACUCACUGCCAUUUCCCCAAGACUAGCUGCCGCUUUGGAACUUAGAGCUUUAAGUGAACCAGACGAUGAGGAAUUGUUAGAAAUACUAACCCACUAUUUAAGGAACAGCGUAGAUAAGGGAAUACCGUUUAAGGAUAUAACAAAUCUAGCUGAUAAGCUUCUGGCCAUGUAUAAAGAGGUUACAGAGACAUUCUAUGAUCAAAGUCAUUAUAAGUGGAAUGCAUCACACUUGAGAAAACUGUGCGAGAAUGUCAAAUGGUACUCCCCAACUAACACAGAACAAUUAAUAAUGGCUAUUAGCGCGGAAGCCAAUUUUAUGUUCCGUGAGAGGUUAAUGUCGGAUGAAGAAAAAUCAACGUUUAGUUCUAUAUCUCGUAAACAUUUGAAUGUGAACAACGAGGCGAUGUAUUUUGCUUGCAAACUGCGAGGGGAUGGCGUUUACCUGGAGCAUACUGAUUAUACUGACUGGCAUCACAGGACCGAGCUCCUAAUUAAUCAAUGCUUGUCAGAACAUGAACAUAAUGUAUUCGGUGAAACUGGUGCUGAGGUGUGUUCUGAACUAGCGCUACUGUGCCCGGCUAUGGCGCGAUCGAGUAAUGGCGGGCUACUAGUAUGCGUGGGUUGCGCCGGAGUGGGCCGGCUGGCCGCCGCCUACAUCACUGCGGCCGCGCUACCGGCCUCCUUGGUCGUUAUCAACCAUGACGGACAGUUUAACACGCAGUUUAAAAACGCAUUAACAUCAGCUGCAGAAGGCAAGCGCACGCUAGCACUCAUACGCGAGGGCGCGGCCAGUGUCGACGUACUGGCCGCCGUCGAGGCAUUACGCCGCGCGCGGACUCCGCAUGCACUGCCGGCCUUAUUGCUGCCCAACGCUGACCAGAAUGCUAUGCGAAACAUCAAAGAACACCUUGGCAUCGUGAUAUGCUUGGACAAGAAUCAAGAAAACCUAACAGAUCUAAUGGAGAAGUACCCCUUACUAUACAACGACGGUACCAUAAUAUGGUUGGAGAAUUGGACGGACGAUACUCUACGUCAGUGGCCACGGCUACUCGUGCAGAGAUUACUAAAAGAAAAUGCAGUGGACACAUCAAAAGAACAAUUGGACGCGUUACCUAUAGACGGCUUCGUGAAUAUCCACAAGAGCAUAGACGUGGAAUGGAAGAAGGCGCCUUGCCGAUACGUAAACUUCAUCAGGACUUAUUACAACAUCAUCAAUAGGAAGAAAGCUGCGCUCGUUCAGAGGCAGACUAUGCUUUCAGCGGGGGUAGAAGCCCUGCGGCGCGGGCGCAGCGAAGUUUCCGCGCUGCAGAGGCAGGCGGCGCAGCAGGAAGCGGAGCUGCGCGCUGCGCAGGCGGCGGCCGACCGCGCGCUGCAGCAGAUGGCCGCCACCGUCACCGCACACACGCACCGCAAGGACGACAUGCAGGCGCUGCAGCGGAACAUACAGCUCGAGAACGAGAAGCUACAGGCGCAGAAAAAAGAAAUAGAAGCGGAACUAGCAGCGGUUGAGCCCAUUAUAGCGGCCGCUCGGUCAGCAGUCGGCGAUAUUCGACCUGAGUCUUUGAGCGAAGUACGUUCCCUACGUGCUCCGCCAGAGGUCGUGCGAGACGUAUUAGAAGGCGUCUUACGUCUCAUGGGCAUCGCUGACACGUCGUGGCAUUCCAUGAAGAAUUUCCUCUCCAAACGAGGAGUUAAGGAAGAUAUUAGAUGUUUAGAUGCGAGUCAAAUAAGUCCCGCGGCGCUGGCGAGCGUGCAGAAGUUGCUGGAGUCCCGCGGCGGGUCGUUCGAGCCGGCGACGGCGAAGCGCGCGUCGGCGGCGUGCGCCCCGCUGGCCGCCUGGGUCCGCGCCAACCUGCACUACGCCGCCGCGCUGCGCCGCGUCCAGCCGCUGCAGGCCCACCAGGCCCGACUGCACAAAAAUCUGACGGACGCAGAGCAACAGAUGGCAGCCCUGUCCACAGACCUGAGCACGGUAGAGGAGCGGGUGGCAGCCCUGCAGGAGCAGCUAGGACAGAACACGCGCGAGGCGGCCGCGCUGGAGCUGCGCCUGGCGCAGGCCAACGCCACCAUCACCACCGCCACAGGACUCAUUGACCAACUCGCACACGAAUAUCAAGCGUGGCAGAAUGAUCUGGAAAACAUAUCAAAAGAAAUAUCGCAACUCAGUCAAAGAUCACUACUAUCGGCCGCUUACAUAGUAUAUUUGCCAGAUGUCACUGAACCACAAGCCAGGGAAUACGUUACAAAAUGGAGUGCCCUCAUUGAUUUUGAAGAUUCAUCGUUCUCUAUAAUAAACUUCCUGACGUCUACUGAGAAGCAAUUGAAAUGGGAAGCGGAUGGGUUGCCAUCAGAUACUACUGCAAUUAAGAAUGGCGUUUUAAUUGAUCAGUUUUUGGAGAGCCAAAAGUGUGGUUUUACCCCACUGCUUGUGGACCCAGACGGUGAAGGGUUGACUUGGCUCAAGAACACAUUGGCUGACUCCCAGUGCGACUUUGUAUCGCAACGUAGUGAAAAGUUGAUGACCACAAUGCAGUAUGCUUUCAGACUGGGUCGCACGGUGGUGGUGAGUAACGUGGACAGCGUGCAGGGUACAUACACGAGCGCGCCGAGCGUGCAGGGCGCUGCCCGCCUGCUGCUGCAGAGUGGCGCGGCCGCGGCCCUGCCCCCCCAUGUAGCCGCCACGCUCAGCCCGCUCUACUUCACACCCACGCUACAUGCGCUUACCGAUCAACUCGUAAACUACGCUUUGCAACAGCAAAAUCCUGAACUUCAUGAAAAGUCUAGAGAGAUCAAAUUGAAGAAGGCUACUCUACAGAAGCAACAACAUGAGUUACAGGAGAAUCUCCUCCGUGAACUAUCAAACAAGAGCGACAUUUUACAAGACGCAGGUGUACUAGCGUCACUGAGCAAAACUAGGGCUACCAACGACACUAUAGUGGAAGCUUUAGCGGCUGCCAAAGACGUGGAAGAAGCGAGCCGCGCUGCCUGCAACAUGUAUGAGGCGGCCGCACAGAAGACAGCCCUACUGGCAUUAUCCACCAAUGGGCUGGCGACAAGGUGGCCACUCAUUGCUCUACCUGUUGACGCGGUACUUGAUGUCUUCGUGGAUGCCGUAAGGAGACAGUCAAAUCAAACCAACAUAAAUAACGAGGAAGUGAUCAAAUAUGUAACCAGGAGAAUUGUGGAGAGAGUUCUUUUGAGCUUACACAAGAAGGACAAGUACGUAGUCGUGUUGUACUUGCUCAAACAAGUUUAUGACGAUUUAAUUCCAAAUGAGCUAUGGCAAAUAUUUAUAGGCAAUCAAGAUUUGAUGGAGGAUGUUGGCGAUGGUAACGAAAUAAAAAAUAAAUACGCUUGGAUACCCAAAGAUUGUAUCAAGAAAAUCGCUAUACUCAAGGUUAUAAACGAAGAUCUUUACAACAGAUUAUCCCUGCAAAACGAGGAGCUAUGGAAGGAGUUUAUGCAGGCAGGCGACAUAAAUAUACUGACCAAACUGAAACUAAAUGCCUUUGAAACGGUGAUCGCUGUGUCAGCCACUCGACCUGACAGUACCUACCGAGCUAUUGUUGCCUUCGUUGAUCAACUGCUGGGUGCAGGUGUGAUGUCAGGCGGGCAGGCAGUGCGGCGCGGCGCGGCGUGCGGACGGCGCGGCCGGCGCGCGCCCCGCCCCGCGCUACUCCUGUCUGCGCAUGCGCAGGAUGCACUCGCCGCCGCCGCAGACAAUAUGCAGCUCACAUAUGUGGCCAUAGAGCAAGGCAGAUCAGCAUGGGAAGAAGCCCUAGAAUCGUGCCGCAGUGGCACUUGGCUCGCCAUCGUAGUUGGAGCAUCGCCGUUCACAAACGACCUGCAAGCAUUCAUCACUGCAUACCUCGAAACGCCGGCGGACCAAUUCCACGAAGACUUCAGAUUAUGGAUUUUGUCAGAGGACCGUGAAAUCCCACCACUCAUUUCUAAUGCCUGCGUUAAUGUUAUACUCGAGGCGCCAGAGGGAGUAAAGAACAAUAUAAUGGGUACAUUGUACGCGUGGGGCGGAUAUACCGCCGACGCGAAUACCGUGCGUCUCCACGCUGCGCUCGCAUUCUUCCACGCGUUGGUACAGGAGCGACGUGCUUACAUACCACAGGGGUGGUCGCAGUGGUACGCGUGGGAGUGGGGCGAGGCGGUGGCGGGGGCGCGCGCGGUGCGCGGCGGCGCGGAGGGGCGCGGCGUGUGCGCGCUGUACGGCGCGCGCGUGUGCUGCGCGGGCGACGCGCGCGUGCUGGCCGCGCUGCGGCGCCGCGCGCUGCCCGCCGCCGCCGCCGCACAGCGCUGGGCGCCGCCGCCCCUCAAGCACCCGCUACCAUACUCUACUUCGCUCAGGGACUAUACAGUUGCUUUCGACGCCCUGCCAGACAUCGACACACCACAACUAUUGGCGCUGCCUACAAACUGCCGCGUCGCUUGGGAAAAAAAUACUGCCAACGAUAUUGUGACUAGACUCAAAGAAUUAAACUCAACCGUCAGUGUGACCAACAACAUUGAUAAUAUAACACCAUUAAAAUCCCUUCUGUCUCUGUGGAAGAAACUUAUGUCGGGAAGUCCGUUCAUCAAAGGAGAAUAUCAAAUUAAAGAGUGUGGGGCGGGAUGGUGGGCGUGUGUGUGUGAGUGCGAGGCGCGCGACGCGGCGCGCGCGGCGGGGGCGCUGCAUCGCGACCUCGCGCGCGCUGCACGGGCCGCGCGGGCUCUGCCGCUCACGGUAAGCGACGAAUGGCAGAUGUUAUGGAGCGGGCCGACGGCAGUGGACUCCUACAUUAGAGAGUUCGGUAUCAGAGCCCGCGCUACGCUCGCCCGUCUCGACACCAACCACCCUGCCGACUAUAUGCCUACAGAAGUGGACCUCCGUUCGUUGCUGCGUCCGUCGCGCGUUGUAUGGGCACUGCGCGCGCGGACGGCCGCCCGCCUACACUGCGCCCUGCAUGCACUCACACUCUGUGUCAACUGGAACUGGAGGGAAGGAGAAAGCAGUGAAGGCGGUAUAGUAGUCCGCGGACUGCGACUAUGCGGCGCGCAGUGGGCGGGCGCGGCGCUGGAGCCGGCCGCGCGCGCCGCGCCCCCGCAUGCGGCCGCGCCCCCGCUACUGCUGCGAUACGUGCUGCAGGAAUCGGAUAACGAGUUAGUUUGGGACCGGAGUGUAGAAGUGCCAGUGUACAACAACGAAGCGCGGGAGUCGGUCGUGUUCAGUGCGCGUGCGCCGCUUGCCCAGCAUUAUGACCCGGACACCGCCACGCUACAUGCUGUCGCAUUGUUUAUAGCCUCCAACGACUAAAGCACUAGAUUCUACUCAGAAAAAAAUAAUAAACAAAUAUAAACACGGAUCACUCAUGUGAACAUUUUUUUAUGUGUUAGGAUGGCGAACAAGCCUGUAGAUUACCUGAUGGUAAGCAAUCAGCGCUGUCCAAGGACAACCGCAACAGUCAAAGAGUUACGAGUGCAUUGCCGACCUAUUAGUCAGGCAGUCAGCGUGGCGUCGACGCUGCGCAAACAAAACGUUGACGUCAACGCU